UUGAGGCACUUCUCAUCUGCUCCAACAAUGGCUCUUCAACAUCUAUCCUUUCUCUUUAUGCUGUCAUUUGUCACUUUGUUCUCGAUGAAUGGCAACACAAUGCAGGGUGAGGCGCGACACCUUUUGGAGGUAACCUUGCCAGAGCUUCCUAAGCCUGAAUUGCCAUCGAUUCCUCUUGUUCCAACGCUACCAAAACCUGAGCUGCCACCAAUAUUGCCUGAGCUUCCUAAGCCUGAAUUGCCAAAGCCUGAGCUACCACCAAUAUUGCCUGAGCUUCCUAAGCCUGAAUUGCCAAAGCCUGAGCUACCACCAUUGCCUCAUGUCCCGACUUUGCCAGAGCCUGUGUUGCCGACUCUACCAAAGCCAGAAGUCCCAAAACUUCCUGAAAUCCCGGCUUUACCCCAUCUUCCUGACCUUCCUAAGUUGCCUGAGUUUCCUAAGCCUGAAUUGCCACCACUUCCUCAUGUUCCAACGAUACCAAAGCCUGAGCUGCCACCAUUGCCUGAGCUUCCCAAGCCUGAAUUGCCAAAGCCUGAGCUACCAGCAUUGCAAAAGCCUGAGUUUCCGACUCUGCCAAAGCCAAAAGUCCCAAAACUGCCUGAAAUCCUAGCUUUACCCUAUCUUCCUGAACUGCCGCAACCCACAAUCCCUACCUUUCCAACCCUGCCUAAGGACUUGCAUAUUCCUUAA